UUGUCUGCAUUUUCCUGCAGAAAAAUCAGUCCACUGGGUUUGGCGUGAGGAAGGAGAUGGAAGGUAGCAGUGGGAAAGGCUACGCCUGGGCAAUCUCAGCUGGUUUCAACGCUGCGCUCGCUGCCGUUGCCGCUAAACUCUUGUUACCUCCAGUAAUUAGAUACGGUCUGGUCGUAUUUUUCAACGUUAUAAUGUGGGGAUGUUAUGUUAACAGCUUGAAAGCUCUUUCAUCUCUUCAAGCAACAGUUACGAAUUUUGCUACUAAUUUCCUCACUUCUGGGCUUGCCGGCUUCUUCUUGUUCGAGGAACUAUUGUCGUUUAAGUGGUUUGCAGGUGCCAUGUUCAUUGUAAUUGGUGUACUUAUCCUCAGCAAGUCAAGCGUAGAGAAGAGGGAAAAGAAGGAUUAGAGUUGCCAUUAAUGGUUGCUGCAUUUCAGCUAUUAUAACUUUUGGAUUCUUUUGGCAUGUCUUUCCAACAACUAAAGAGAUGUUUUCAGUUUUAGCACUUAGCCGAAUCAGUUGGAUUCGCGAUUUUCAUCCUUCUUUUUUUGUGCGCGUGCAUGUGUAUUUGACUCGGUAUAUAAUUAAGUCAGUUACGGGGACAGAUGAACUCUGAUUUGGUUGCUUUUA